AGCCGCCAUUCCAAGCCCUCCGAGGAUUUCUGGCCGCUGGGAGGGCGCCUCCUUAGCCCUGAGCCUCCCAACUCUUAUGGGUGUCCUCUUGGGCUCCCCAGUCCGUGGGGAGGUGCCCCUGCAGGCUUGUGCAGCCAGGCUGCCCAGGGCUCCUCUUGGGUGGGUGUGCUGGAGGUUCGCUGUGGCCCAGGAGUCUGCAUUUCCAGUUUAAGGGGCAGGCCCGGCUGGAAAGAACGAUUUUUGCACAACUUGAUGCCGGCAGGCCCUUCCCAUCCCAGUUAGGUUCUUCACAUGCUAACUAGUAGGUCCACCGGAAAGCAGAGCCUCUGCCUCUGCCCCAGUUACACAGACUGCACAAAUGUGACAGUCUAAAAAGAACAGGACCCGGCCCAGCCCCCACAGGUCUGGCCCCUGGCAGGGCAUGCUUUGUCCUUCCGGGGGGCCCACAAGGAGUGGGAUGGACGCCCCCUUGGGUGGGUUGCUCUGGUGUGGCAUCUGCGGGCCUCCUAGGCUCCUCUUCUCAGCCCAGGGCUCCCUGGCAUCUGAGCAGAGGUGAGGCCCUAGGUGCCUGCUCUGCCCCGGGCAGAGCCUGGGACUCUUCAGCCACUUCCAUGCUUAGGGCACUCCGGGUGUCCUACAGGGGUAGCCCAAGGGCUCAAGGUCGGGCCUUGGACACUAGCUGGACAGUCCCCAACCCCUGCCUGCCCCUGUUUCUCCUUUGUAAAAGGAGAUGCAGAAGGGCAUGGCAACCCCUCUGGUCUAGCUGCCAGGAAAGCCCCAGGCGGAGGGGCCCUUCCGCCCAUUUUGCAGAUGGCUAAGCCGAGGCUCCUGGUGCACAGUGGGCACAAAAUGUGCGUGGCCUGCCCUAUGGAUAGGUUCACUGAAGCCUGGAGGAGCACAAGGACCGUGCUUCCGGCUUGGACAGGGUCGCCUGCUCUUGCCGCUCCCUCCGUAGACUCAGGCGCCCUCUGGCGACCGUAUCUGAACUCCAUUUGAGGCCGCGCAGACGUAGUUCUCGGGAGGAAGGCGGCCUGGACAGAGCGCAUGCGUGGGCGACGGGCCUUUUCUGAACCUGCACACGCGCCGAAGCCAGUCCCAGAGCAGGGGCGGGGCCCUUCGGGAAGGACAGGGCGGGGCUGCCUACGUCGGCGGCGCGGCCGGGGCCUGCGUGCGCGCUGACGUAAACGCCGAGUGACUUGGGGCUCCGGCCACCGUCUUCGGUCUUUCCUUCCGGCCUCUGUCAUGGGGACUCCCGAGAAGGAUGUGAACCUCGGCGCCGGCGCCCCCGACACGCUGCUGCUGGACAAGCACGCGGCCUACAUUUGUGCCUACGGGGCCAAGAAGGACGACUACGAAUACUGUAUGUCCGAGUACUUGAGGAUGAGCGGAAUCUACUGGGGAUUAACGGUGAUGGACCUCAUGGGACAGCUUCACCGAAUGAAUCGGGAGGAAAUCCUCACUUUCAUUAAGGCGUGCCAGCAUGAGUGUGGUGGCAUCAGCGCCAGCCUAGGCCAUGAUCCUCAUCUCUUGUAUACUCUCAGUGCUAUUCAGAUUCUUACUCUUUAUGAUAGUCUUAAUGUUAUUGAUGUAAAUAAAGUUGUUGAAUAUGUACAAAGUCUACAGAAAGAAGAUGGGUCCUUUGCUGGAGACAUCUGGGGGGAGAUCGACACGAGGUUUUCCUUCUGCGCAGUGGCAACCUUAGCACUUUUGGGGAAGCUCGAUGCCAUCAAUAUUGAAAAGGCAAUCGAAUUUGUCUUGUCCUGCAUGAACUUUGACGGCGGCUUUGGGUGCAGACCUGGCUCCGAGUCCCAUGCUGGGCAGAUCUAUUGUUGCACAGGAUUUCUGGCCAUUACUAGCCAGUUACAUCAAGUCAACUCGGAUUUGCUGGGCUGGUGGCUCUGCGAGCGCCAGUUACCCUCUGGUGGUCUCAACGGGCGCCCCGAGAAGUUGCCUGACGUCUGCUACUCCUGGUGGGUCUUGGCCUCCUUGAAAAUCAUUGGGAGGCUCCACUGGAUCGACCGCGAGAAGCUGCGCUGCUUUAUCCUGGCGUGUCAGGAUGAGGAGACCGGGGGCUUUGCUGACAGGCCGGGGGACAUGGUGGACCCUUUCCACACCCUGUUUGGCAUCGCUGGGCUGUCCCUGUUGGGGGAUGAGCAGAUCAAACCUGUCAACCCGGUGUUCUGCAUGCCCGAGGAAGCCCUGCGGCGCAUCAACGUGCAGCCCGAGCUUGUGAACUAGCCGCCUUCCUCCCAUCUGAAUAAUGUUUGGAAAUGACCGAAUAAAAUAGUGUUUUAAAAAAAAAAA